AUGAUCUCGCGUGGUGUUCUCGCACUGGCGCUCGCCUCUGUCGCCUCGGCGGCAGGCGACGUCUACAACCAGACCGUCACCCUCGCCACGCCCGGCGACAACAGCGCCGGCAGCCUCGAUGGCUCGUACAACGGCACCGUCGACGGCGUUGGCUACGUGUCUUCGGACUACGACAUCACCUGGGGCCCCAACCUCGCCACGGGCAGCGUCGAGGUCGGCAACCCGAGCGAUGAGGACAACCCGAUCGGCUUCAGCACGAACAUCAACUACACGGGCUCGCAGCUGUACGGCAUCGUCGGCGGCCUGCUCGACGCCACGCACACCAACGCUGCUGAGCUGCUCAUCACCGCCGACACCAACCACGUCCUCACGACGCCCAGCCAGGACAACGACUUCUUCGAGCGUGUCACGGCCUUCAUCGAGAACAACGUGACUACUGAUGGAAUCCACGGCAUCAACAGCGUGGGCGGCGCGCAGUUCCAGAACAGCGACUUCCAGACAGCAGUCAUGGGCGGCAAGUACGACUUCAACAGCAACGGCACGUACUCGUCCAACUGGGGCUUCGCGCUUGACGACCUGUUUGCCACAAACUGGUACCUGUCGGCUAGCAACGCAGGCGAGCUGAACAUCUCGCUCGACGUCUGGUACGGCAAGCUCGACUGCAGCAACUCGACCGAGUCCGACAGCGGCUACGGCGACACCAUCACGACGUACACCUGCGUCUACGAUGGCAAGGGCCACACGUCCGACCCGGCUUCGUGGGUCACCGCGAAGAACGGAGGCGUCCAGCCCGGAGGCCCUUCUCGUCGCGGCGUGCCCGCCCAGAGCCGCGGCCUUCUCGACAGCGUCAACCUGAACUCCGUCGUCGGCAACCUCUACGGAGACAACAAGCAAGGCGCUCUGUCGGGCGCCAGCCAGCUGGGCAAGGUGCAAGACCUUCUGGCCUUCCGCCGCGACCUGCUCAUGGAGCAGCGCAACAUCAAGAAGCGCCAGGUCGACCUCCAGUCCACAAUCGACAGCGUCACGAGCGAGCUCAGCAACCUCGAGGAGGGCGUCGGCGGCUUCAAGAAGCGUGCUCUUCUCGACUCGCUCAACGGUGUCACCGGCCAGCUCAGCGCGCUCACGGGCCAGGCUCCCAACUUCGGCGGCUUCAAGGCCAAGAAGCUGCAGCAGCAGAAGAAGCGUCAGGACGGCGGCAUUGUCCUGGACUCUUAUCCCGAGCUCCAGGAGAUUGCGGGAGAGCUCAUCAGCCUUGACGGAAGCUCGCCCCUGUCCUCGUACUCUGAGUUGAGCGAGCUGCUCAGCGAGCUGGCGUACCUCGACCAGCAGGACCCCAUCGGCGAGCAGCGCAAGCGCGACGACUCUACCGACAACAGCCUUCUCGGGCAGCUGCCGACGCUCUAUGAGACCGCUGUAGAGCUGCAGGCGUACGACCAGAGCACUGGCUCGACGGACACUCAGCCCUCGCAGCUCAAGAAGCGCCAGGACGAUGGUGUGCUGUCGCAAUACGGUCUCCUGGACGCCCUGUACAACCAGCUCGAGUCGCUUGACGGGUCCACGCCGCUGUCGGCCUACGCGGACGUCAGCGAGUUCUACAACGAGCUGAUCUACCUCGGAAGCCAGGCGCCCAUCGGCCUCGACUCCCAGCGCAAGCGCCAGGACGACGGCAGCAGCACGCCGCAGUCGCUGCUCGAGCAGCUGCCGCUCCUCAAUGAGGUCUACUAUGAGCUUGCUCAGUACGACCAGAGCACCGGUGGCCAGCAGGCCAGCCAGCAGAACCUCAACAGCCUCGGCGCCGUGCCCGGCACCGACAGCCUCUCCUCGCUCGGCGACACGAACAGUCUCUCGGCGCUCACCGACACCGACAGCCUCUCAGCGCUCACCGACUCGGACAGCCUCUCGGCGCUCACCGACAGCCUCGGCGGCUCGCCGCUCAAGAAGCGCCGCCACCCGGGCUCCAAGCGCCGCCCGCUCAACCUCGCCUAA